GCGGUAUGCGAAGCGAGGAGGAGAAUCGAAGAGUUUUUAGUGACUGCAUAAAAGUACAUGAAUAAUUCAAACACAAAAAUCCCGAUCCCCGAUCCCAGCGGCGGCGGCGACAACGUGACCUGCCUGUAGAGAGGGUAUCGAUCAAACGAUCGACCGAUCGGUCCGAUCUACCGAUUGAUCGGAGUACGGGGCUAUGGUUUCCUCCCAACUAGCCAGCCAGCCAGCCAGCAGCAGCAGCAAGCAAACACAAAAAGCAAAUCAAAGCCAACACAAAGCCACAAGAAAAAAAAAAAGAAUAAUACAAAAAAAUAAAAAUAAAUAAAUAAUAAAAAAAAAAAUAACAACUACGGGACGGGCUACGGCGAAAUGUGCGCGGAGAAACAAAAAGAAAAUUGAAGACGACGACACGAGCGUAAAUCUUUUUAGCAUGAAAAAAUUCUAUAAAACUAACAGGCACUGUGUGGUCGGACAUCAUUCUACAUUCGUGCGCUACGACGGCAGACGACAGCCAGAUACAGUCAGCCGUUCAGAUACAGAUACAGAUACGGAUACAGAUACAGAUAUAGAUACGGGAUACAGAUACAGAUUGCCGGUGGGACGGACAGCCGAAUUGAUUGAUUGAUUGCCGAACCCGAGAGCCCCAAACCAAAACCCAAACUCAAACCCAAAAACCCAAACUCGAAACAUAAAUUGAAAAUCAAACUGCAGCGACCAGCCGCCAAGCCAUCAAUCAGUCACUGAGUCAGUUAGUCAUUUAAUCAAUUUGCCCACCCGAGUCCGAGCUGGCUGGAGGAUAUAUGCUCUUCGCUUUGGCGGCGCUUCAGUUUCAGUUCGCAUUUGGACGCGUCUGUGCGGCCGAUAGAGUCGGAUCGGAUCCAAAUCAGGGUCGGAAUUAAAAUCGUGCGCGAAUUAAUCUAUAUACGUAUCGCCCAACCAAAACAGUAGCACACACACGUGUCUGCGGUUCAGUGACAAGCCCCGAAUCGGCCAUAGAAUAUACAUAUAUAAAUCGUGAAAUCGUAAAAUCGUAAAGCAUUUUUAAUCAAUCCGAACCGAAACCAGGCAGGCAGCGGCAUAAUUAAUUCGUCUGACCCGCAAAGUUCACGCUGAGCAAAAUCAAAUUGUGCAAAGUGUGCUUAAAAAUAGUUUAACCACAAAAUAUAAUAAAUAAAUUAAUUAAUUUGGUGAAAUAAUUACCCAUCGAAUUGCAAGCAAAAUGAAGUUCUUUGCAGUAUUGUUAGCAUUAGCCCUUUUCGCCAUGACGAUGGUCCAGUGCCUGAGCCUGCCCGAUGCCAAUGCCAAGUGCGUCAUGGAUUGCGAGACGCAGACCUAUAAUUCGAUCUGUGCCGCGGACGACAAAGGAACCACCAAGACCUAUCGCAAUGUUUGCGUAAUGAAGGUCGAGAAUUGUCUGCAGAAUGCAAACUUUCAAAAGAUAAGCGACAAAGAGUGUCCAUAAUCGAUUCGAAGGAUUCGUAGUCCAGCAGGCAAAAACUUAAAUCAUGGAGGAGGACUGCUGGAGGACUCGGCUUUUUCGCGUGGUAUUUGUGUGUGAUAUUUUUAAGUUGUACUUCAGCGGAAUAGAGAACACGCCCCGGAACGAAAUGCAUAAUUCUAAUGUAUUCUAUAAUUAUUAAUUCUUAAUAUUAAAAAUAAAGUAAUCAUAACACGCA